AUGAAGGAACCAACUGUGCACCAGCAAGUUCGCCACAGCUGCGUAGCCAAAGUCCCGUUCCUAAAAAAUGGGGAAAGUCCACACAGGUUGAACAUAAAAGACGAAGUGGAGAAAUACGAGAGGAAGAAGAAAAACAUAAAAAGAGAAAUGUAUAAAUUUAUGAGCAGCAUAAGAAAGGGACAUAAGCAGAGGCAUCCCGUGAAUUGUCACUUUGAUGUUUUUUUCAGGACGGCUCCCCCUUUAGUGAGUAUCUCCCCAGUGAGCAAACAAAGUGGAGGUGCCAUAAAAGGACAUUCACGCGAACUCCAAAAGGGGUGCAGAACUCCCAAGGAGAGGAACUAUAAAAAGAAAACAUCCCCUUGCAGGGGGUACCCAAAUGAGGGAGAUUUCAAGAAGCAUAACUUUUUAUGGAAUCCAGAUGGAUACCAAGAAAGGGGUUAUCAUAAGUACCACCAUGUAUUUCUCAAAAGGAAGGACCUCCAUUGUUCAUCCAUUUUUGGUGAGUACAGCCAUGGAGGAGGGGUGCCCCGUUGGGGGGAUCCAGGGGGGAUAUUCCCCACCUGUGGGGGGACCCUCUCUGGACUCACUUCCCCACGGAACAGCUUGAAGUUCUAUCUGGAAAAGUGGGAUCUACACAGGCAGAAUCGAAGCGGUCACCAGAGAGGUAGCAGCAACUGCUCGAGCGAGUCCACCCAAAUCAUCGACCAGUUUGUGAAAAGCAUCGAAGGGGAACACUCAGGGGGAAAGAAAAAAAAGGAAAACAUGGGAAGGGAAAAAGCAAAUUUUGGCGCGUUUCCCCCAGAGGGUACCCCCCUACACGGAAUGGCCUUCCCAAAUUUGAGCACCCCUGCCCCGCACACAGUUACAACGUGGAAGAGUAAACCCCACACGGGUGAUCACAACGCAUCAACGGUGCUAUCUGAAUACCAGCAGAUGCUGAAGGGCAAUAAAAAAAUGCUGAGCUUGCUGCAAAGAGUCAUGCACCAGGUUGAAGUAACAAACGGGAGUAGCGAAGUAAAUAGAAAAAUUGAAAAAGGGAUAAGUACUUAUUUGGGGAAAGUCGAAAGGAUGGAGAGCAAAUGUAGGGAAGCGCUGAAAUGGGAUGAUUUUAACAAAACCAGAAGACUGCAUCGGCACUUUAGGGCCAACGAAAUGGCCAUGCUAAGAUGUGUGCUGAACUAUAUCAUCGAUCUUAUGCGGCACGUAAAGUACGAGUGCAAGGACCUUCGGCGGGAAAUGGAGCGAGAAAUUUGCGAGGCGGAGCGGCAAUUUGGCGCCCCCCGUGAGGUAGUCCAGCGAGAAGCAGUUCGUCUGUGA